UAUAUAAAUCAAAUAAUGAAAUCUUAUUCUUAUAUUUAUUUAUUGAAUAUUUUGCGUGGCGAAUAUACAAAGCAUUCAACAAAAGCCACCACCUGCCGGUGACGCAACCACUCGUGACGGACGCUACCGUUUCUCCUCUCAACCACAACAACAAUUCUUCGAUUCCUCGAUUUCACAAUCUAAUUCUACAAAAAUAAAAACGCUGGAUCGAUAAUCUCUGGUUCCUUUUUUCUGAUUUGAUUUUAACGUUUUUUUUUUGGAUUCACGCGUUUUCCUCUUCAAUUCACGCGCUUUUUGAGUCAAGGUUACUGUUACAUAGCUUGAUUUGCGUUGAAUUGCAAUUUCAACAACAAUCAUCAUGACUCAGGCUGUGCAAGUUUUGAAUCGGCAUGGAACUGAUUUGGUUGGAGAAGGGAGGGGAUCAGAUUCGGAGUGUUUAGCUGGGUUUGAAUGUUUUCUGAACAUUGUGAGAGCUUUGGGAAUGGGAUCUUGUAUAUCUGAGGUUGGUGAUGGUGCUGGUGGUUCGCAGUCUCUGCUAACUUAUUCGCAGGAAUUGAACGUUGACGGUGGGAAGAGAAGGAGGUUAAAGGGUUCCUCUACCAUGGAUUAUAAGGUACCUGGGAGAAUGUUCUUAAAUGGGUCGAGUGAGAUUGCUUCUAUGUAUUGUAAGCAAGGUAAAAAGGGAAUCAACCAAGAUGCUAUGCUUGUUUGGGAGAACUUUUGUUCAAAGGAGGGUACCGUUUUUUGUGGUGUUUUUGAUGGUCAUGGACCUUAUGGCCAUAGGGUUGCGAAGAAAGUUAGGGACUCUUUCCCUCUAAAGCUUAGUGCACAAUGGGAUUUGCAUCGUAAGAAUCAAGAUGGAUUCAAUGAUCAAAAUGGUGCUGCCACAAGUCAUAAUUCUGAAGAGCAAAUUAAACUGAUUGACGAGAACUGUAAUCAUGAGCUCGAUGGAACAGAUACUAUCUUGGCACUAAGAGAAUCUUUUUUGAAGGCUAGCAAGAUUAUGGACAAGGAACUGAAAAUGCAUCGUGAUAUUGAUUGCUUUUGCAGUGGGACUACAGCAGUUACCUUGAUCAAGCAGGGGCUGGAUCUUGUUGUUGGAAAUGUGGGGGAUUCAAGAGCUGUACUGGGAACCCGAGAUCAUGAGGAUUCUCUUAUUGCUGUUCAGUUGACCGUUGACCUUAAGCCUAAUCUUCCAAAGGAAGAAGAAAGGAUCAGGCAUCGAAAAGGAAGGGUGUUUUCCCUUAAGAAUGAACCGGAUGUGGCUCGAGUUUGGCUGCCUAACUCUGAUUUCCCAGGUCUGGCUAUGGCUCGGGCUUUUGGAGAUUUUUGCCUAAAGGACGUUGGAUUGAUUUCUGUACCAGAUGUCUCAUAUCACCGCCUUACAGAGAAGGAUGAAUUUGUUGUGUUAGCCACAGAUGGGAUUUGGGAUGUUUUAUCAAACGAAGAAGUUGUGGAGAUUGUGGCAUCUGCACCGCGGUCUACUGCUGCUAGAUUACUGGUUGAGUCAGCUGUUCUUUCUUGGAAGGCAAAAUUCCCUUUCUGUAAGAUUGAUGAUUGUGCUGCGGUGUGCCUCUUCCUUAAUUCAAAUACAGAGUUGAAUGCUGAACAUACCACAGACAAGUUGACACCAGAUGCAUCAACGCACCCAGUUGUUGAUCAAUCAUCUCUACCUAGUGAGAAUGGAAUUGGAGUGGAAGCCGAAAAACUGCUGUGAUAGCAUAGCUUUUGUGCCAUAUCUCUUCCCAAGCCUUUUUUUAUUUAGAAGUUUGGGAAAGUUGUGCUAUAGCAGUCAAAGAGAGACAUUUUUUUGGUAGUUCUUCUGCCAAUAUUCUUUUCAUUAUUUAUCUUUCUUUUCCUUGGACAGCAUUUGAUGGGUGGGGUAUUGGAGGAGUUCAAUAUAUGUUUUGCAUCCGGAGGAAAAGGGGUACCGGGCUUAUUUUUAGUGCUAGAGGUCAUUUUCCUUCUCUGUAUAGGUUGAUUUGGAGUUUUUGUAAAUCCAAGUCUCUAGAUACACAUUAUAUAGUUUGUCCGGUGAUUUUCUAAACUGUUGUUGCUUUUCCUUUGCAUCAUUUGUAGUUACAAUUUUCCAAUUUAGACAGUAAGCUAUAACUUGCAAAAAUUGGAGUUAUUGGUUAUGGACUUUUCAGUCAGGUCGUUUCUUGACUUCUCCAUGUUAUUCUGAUCUCAAGUUUUCAGAUGAUGAUUGUGAAGUAUCAUGAUUGUUGUUGUAAUAUUGUGGAAUCACUAUUUUUUCUUGUAAUUGGUUUUUUGAAGGAAGGUUUUUGAAGUAGA